AUGCCCCUCUCCACUCAACCUGAAACUGGUGAUGACCAGUAUGUUUUAGUUGCCAGUCUUGACAAUGUCAGAAACCUCUCAAAUAUCCUAAAAGCCAUUCAUUUUAAAGACCAUGCAACAUGUUUUGCAACUACAAAUGGAAUCAAGGUUACAGUGGAAAAUGCAAAGUGUCUGCAGGCAAAUGCCUUUAUUCAGGCAGGGAUUUUUCAAGAAUUUAUUGUACAGGAAGAGUCUGUGAUGUUUCGAAUCAAUUUGGCUGUUCUUUUAGACUGCUUGACCAUUUUUGGUACAAAUUCUUUGCCAGGUACUUCAACAGCACUUCGAAUGUGUUACCAUGGUUAUGGCUACCCCUUGACCCUAUUUCUAGAAGAAGGAGGUGUGGUAACUGUGUGUAAAAUUAACACUGAAGAACCUGAAGAGACACUAGAUUUUGAUUUCUGCAGUACAAAUGUGGUUAAUAAAAUUAUCCUGCAGUCAGAAGGGUUAAGAGAAGCAUUUGCUGAAUUAGAUAUGACCAGUGAGGUCCUGCAGAUCACCAUGUCUCCAGACAAGCCUUAUUUCAGAUUAUCCACCUUUGGCAAUGCAGGAAGUGCUCAUCUUGACUAUCCCAAAGAUUCUGAUUUGAUGGAAGCAUUUCAUUGCAAUCAGACCCAGACGAACAGGUAUAAGAUCUCUUUGCUCAAACCAUCUACUAAGGCACUAGUUUUAUCUUGUAAAGUGUCUAUUCGGACAGAUAAGCGGGGAUUCCUUUCACUGCAGUAUAUGAUUAGGAAUGAAGAUGGACAGGUCUGUUUUGUGGAGUACUAUUGUUGCCCUGAUGAGGACAUUACUGAAUCAGAACUAUAGCUCUAUGAUAUGGGCUGUGCAUUUCAUUUAUGGACAUUCAGAAUGAUGAAAUAUUUAAUUAAAAAACUUGAAAGUUGCCAGAUUGAUAGCCCCUAAAAUGGACGCCCCGUUUAUCCACAGAAAGGAGCAGAAGAAGCAGCUACAAUGAAGCUUCUCCCAUAUUACUUUGCAAGUGUUUCUCACUCUUGACCUGAAUGGACCAUCUGUAAAAGUGAAAAGGUUGCUUAAUCCUUGGCCUCUGUGCUGAGGCUGAGAAGGAUGCUGUGAUGUGCACACUUGUCCACUGCAAACUUGGAAUGAUCACCAAACAGCCCCUUGAGUAUUCUGUCACUAUUGUCAGAAUAAUUGCAAACGCAAGCAAUGCGGUAAAUCUAUGACAGUAGCAGUAUGUUAACCAAAAACUGGUGGAUUAUGGUUCGCUCUGAGCAUGUAUGAAGCAAUUACAGGUGGUGAAUGUCUAAAUGCUGGCUUGUGUUAGACAGUGGGUGGUUCAAAUGAUUUAAAAAAAUAAAACUUCUUGUGAGACUACAA